CGAGCGAGCCGAAUUGCGGCCUAAAUUUGGAUAGAUUGGUGGAGAACUUGGUUCGCGGACUUCAUAGUAUAUGCGAAAGAAAGGGUGAGAAGAGACGCGAUAGUAAUACGUGAGUAGGUAUUACACUCCGACAGUCGAAAUGAAGAAAAGAAGAAGCGCGUAAUCGCGUUUGGAUUAAUCGCGGCGGCGCAAUUAUGAAGACUGAAAUGGAGACGGAGUCCGAAUGUGCGGACGGCGUUCUGUGCCCGAAGACCAACAACAAUAACAACAAUAACAACAACACGAGUAACAACAACAUCGCCGUCGCGAAAAAGAGCGGUAGCGAUAACGGAUACGACGCUAUGGAAAUGGAUUGCGGCGGCUGUGGGGAGAGCGUACGAGAGCGCACCGUCCUAUGCGUAGGGGGUCGUACCUGGCAUUCGAGAUGCCUAAAGUGUUGCGCCUGUGCACGACCCCUGCACGAUCAGCACUCGUGCUUCCUGCGUGGCAUGCGACUCUACUGCAGACACGAUUACGCCUUAACAUUCGGCGCGAAAUGCGCGAAAUGCGGGCGCAGUGUGGGCGCCGGGGACUGGGUGAGGAGGGCUAAGGAUCGAGUCUAUCACUUGGCAUGUUUCGCCUGUGACGCCUGCUCCCGUCAACUCUCCACGGGUGAGCAAUUCGCGCUUCUGGACGCCCGACUGCUCUGCAAGACUCAUUAUUUGGAUGUGGUCGAGGGUAACAAUACUUCGUCGUCGGAGGAUUGCGAUUCCGAGCACGGCGGCAAAGGCAGCAAGACCAAACGCGUAAGGACGACCUUUACCGAGGAGCAGCUUGCGGUCCUGCAGGCCAACUUUCAGAUGGACAGCAAUCCCGACGGACAGGAUCUUGAGAGGAUAGCCCAGGUGACCGGCCUCAGCAAGAGGGUCACGCAAGUUUGGUUUCAGAAUUCUAGGGCGAGACAGAAGAAGCACAGCGGCAAGAUCAAGACUCAGAUGCAUCAUUCGCCGCCGAUGCACCAUCACCCAGUUGACCUGUAUCCCAGUGGCAUCAACGUGGUUGGCGCUUAUCUCGGUGGUUAUCAGGCCAGCAAUGCCGGUAGCGAGAGUCCAGGUAGCCCGUUAACGCCCCUUACACCUUUGACUCCACUCACACCAACGACGCCGAAUCAUUUGCAGGCCCAAUUCUGUCAUCCCGCGGGAUAAGUCGAUAUAAAUGUUUCCACGAAACUGUUGAUAUUAACCCUUCUCACUGUAUGUGCUUUCA